CUGCACACUAAUCGAUUUUUCGGUAUGGUCGAUCAUGCAGUGCCCGUGAAGCAUUGAGAGAUUGAGAUGAACUCCACUUCAGUUCAGCCGGUGUAUAGACCUCACUAGCAGACUGUCAUUUGGGAUUCAUUUGAUUGAGGAAGCAAGAAAGCUCGCUGUGUGAAGGUCAGAAACAUGUCAAGCUCAUUUCGAGUGCGUUCAACUAGAGAUGGUCCGAUCAAAGCCACUUUUGGUGAAUCCAUUCGACAACUAGCCAAAUCGUAUUAUCCGUACAUCUACUCGGACAGCCGCAAUAUUUCAAAGCCAGUAGUUGAUUUACAAGCUGCUUUCGAAAUAUGCGCUGAAUCGCUGGAGGAGUAUGACCGGAUUUCCAGUGAAAUGACCAGCUUAAGUUACUCCAUUUUUGGACUGGAACAAGCUUUGUUUCGCGCUCUAACAGAAUUGUCAAUUAUUCGGGAGGAAGUUUCGGAUCUUAUGAAUGCACUUAGAACAAGCGAAAAGUUUAACCUUCGAUUACUGGACCAACUCGCGUUGUUGGAUGAAACAAUUCAGAGUGGUGUAGAUUCAAGUAAAUCAGUAUUAUCAUCAAGCCGCAUUCCACUCAAUUCUGUUGGUAUGACGCCCGAGCAUUAUAUGAUACCGAAAGCAACAAGAGAGACGUUGGAAAGUAUCAUUGAUCAAGGGAAACCUACAGCCUACAGCACUUUAGGCACAGAUUCCCUGUUAAAGGAAAAGAUUAGCCCCGACCUAGCUCGGAUGAGUUGGUUAGUACAAAUUCAGCGCGAUCUCGCCCAUCGGCAUGCAGAGUUCAGCUUCCUGGUCAUCAGUUUGUGGUCAGAACAGGUGCGGGACAACUUUCAUUUAGCAAGCAGAAAGAAUGCAUGCUUACCUGGAGGUCCGAAGACUUCGUACGACAAACGCAAAGGACAUUCCGCAGACGAGGAUAACAUGUUGCGCAUGGCUAGUUCCGCUCGGAUUGAGGAACUACCGACAGUGGUACAAACCAUCCAGGGCCGAGUUUUCGAGCUCGGUGGGCUUAUUGUAGAUGAACUAAACCGCUUACGCGCUGCAUUUGAAGAGACCAAAAUGCAGCAUCGAACUCUUAACAUGGAACUCAGUGAGCGAAGGCGACAGUUGAUUGACAGUCUACUGGCAACACAUAGUGCAGUCCAAACAUUACUUGACUUGGACGAAAGAAACGAUGCAUUGGUAGGCAAGCUUGUAAAAACACGGCCGUUAUUCGCGGAUCUCUACCGCAUUGUACAAAAUGAGACCCUAACAGAAGAUCUUCGAACAUCGGUACCUAUGCAAACGUUGGCCGAAAUACUGGGGCCGCAGAACUGGAGAACCUUUGUAGAAAAACUUGGAAAACUUCGAGUACAUCCUGGGGAAGAUAACACUGAGGUAGACUGAAACACGUCUACAGAUAGAGUGAAUACUUUCAUUUACGAUCAUUCAGUAAAAUGCAAUGCAGUCUGUUCGACGGACGGAACGUACUGGAUAGUACCACAAAUUUACACUCCCGAAUAAUCAAAAUUGUAUCAAACCUCUCGUGGUGUGAAAAAGCGGGGUUAAUACAAAAAUCCGAUUGGUAACUAUUCGUUAAAAUUUCACUGCAUUUAAAGAGGAC